CGCUGUACAGUGAGACGAAAAUUGGAGAGAUUUCAUUUUCAGGGUAUUUUCAAGAAGGGACUACUUUUGGAAUUUGUAUGAAAUAAUACAAAACUUAUUCAUUUCUUUUUAUUGAAUAGUGAAAUUGCACCUGCCAAGUUCAUGUGGUGGAAGCCCUAAAUCACUUUUAUCCAAAUACAAGUUGUAAAAUGAGUUUGAUGAGGAGAAAUCCAAAAUAUUGUAGGAAGUGAGAAGUUGAUGGUUGACACAGUUGUUCAAGCAAAAUGUCUAAGUCGGCAAAAAAACUAAAGAAGCCAUUAGAUCUACCUCUUGGAAAAGCCACAUCGUAUAAGGAUGUCGACUUGUCACAUGUUCGGUUACCAAUCGACACAAGUGUGUUUGGUCUGAAACAUGCACUGACACUUUUUGAAACAGCUACUAAUGAGGUCAAGAGUUAUCUCGCUUAUGAAUGCGAUUUGAUGUAUGAAUGCAGAAUUUGUCGAACCAUUUUUAGGAGUAUAGCAAAUUUUAUAUUGCAUAAAAGGAAAUUUUGCCGAGAAAAAUAUAAUACUCCUAGAGAUCCAGGGCAAAGUUGUCAAGAGACUUAUGGGGUCACUAUUAUCCAGAGAGAUAUUGAAAUUGCUAAUCAGAUUGUAGCCGAAACAGAACCUCCCGAUACAAAAAAAGUUCCCGGAAGUAGCUUGAAUCCGAUAAUAGAAAACCUCUUAAAGAGACAUGAACAGAAGAAGCUUGUAGAAGACAUGAAAAAUGAAAACUCCACAGAUCUGCCAAAAAUUGAGGAGGAAAAAAAAAUUGGGGAUUUGAAAAGUAUAUCACUGGAGAAAAUAGAGGGUUCGGAUGUGGCUGUCUUUCAGACAAUGGAAUUUGGACCAAAAUUGGGGGAGGCAGAGUUGAUGAAAUCAGAGGUAAUGGAAAUACAUAGCAUAUUUGAUCGGAAUGAGGCAGUUCUCGGAUCAAAUGGAGAGAUUUUAACUUUAAAUCCUAAAGAAAAGGAUGAUAAGCAUAUAUUGAAAAAUGAUUAUUUAUGUACAGAGUGCAAUACAAAAUUUUCCACUAAGAAAACAUUGGCCUGCCAUGUUAAAUAUAAGCAUAGUCAAAAUAGACUAGUUUAUCCAUGUCCGGUAUGUAAGGACAACCUCUCGAACGCCUGGUCCGUUUACCGGCAUUUGUUGAAAAUUCACAGAAUGACAUCGAACCAAAUACGAAAAUACAGGACCCAAAUCAAUAAUAGUGCAAUAUUUAGGAAAUCGGAGGAGAACAAAGACAAGAGAAAAAAUCCUAAGGAACAUAAGGAGGGCAAUGAUCAAGAAAAUGAGUGGUUGGACAAUGUCGAAGGAGACAGCGAUUUACAAAUGUGUGGUGGUUGCGGCAAACAUUUUGAAAGGAAAGCUGCUUUGAUGUCUCAUUCGGUCAUGUGCAUCAAGAGGAUAGCGGUAUGCAAUUCGAUCAAGGAAAACAACAGUAGGAAGAAGGAGUCGGAAAAUGGUGACAAAUUCAAGUCAACUCAGUUCAGUAAAGCCCAACAUAUAGGAUCAGCAAAAAGAAAAUCUAGUAAUGUGAUAAUGUACAAACCAAAGAAUCCCUCUGAAGACAAUCACCCCCAAAUAAAUAAUACAGAAACGAGCAAGGAGGAUGAGUUAGAAAAUAAGGAAGAAGGGGAGAUAGUGGAAUCUCUUGUUGUCGAAGAACAUGAUAGCGAUGUAGAAAACACUGAUGAAUGGAUGAAGAAGGAUAUUCAACAGUAUGAUAAAGACAAACUUAUGUCGAUCAUUGGAGUAGAUACCGGUAGAAAUACGCCAACAUCAGAUCAGAAUACUUCUUCGAAACUCUCAGAUCGAAGUGACUCCCCAUGUAGAGGAUUCGAGGCCGAGACUUCUGAAAACACUGAUAGCAUCGUUAUAAAUGACCCUGGAAAUUAUUCAAAUUCAAGUGAUGAUCCUGCUUCAUCGGACACUGAAACGAACUCGAAUAUUCCAAAAAAUUCGAUGACCGACCCGCCAAAAGACAUUCCGAACGAUUUAUCAGAUUCUAAAGUAGUGUCGGGCGUUUCAGAGAACACUGAAGAGAAAAUUGUGGAAUCGGAGUUUUCAGAUCAGUCGUCGAGUAGCAAUUCCAAAACGUCAACGGAAAACGAGAUGGAUGUUUCUUCGGAUAUCAGCUUGGAUAACAAGAUAAGUUGCGAUUUCAAAUUGGAUCUAUGUGAAGACCCUAAUUUCAUAGAUGUCAGCAUCAAACCACUAAUUAGAGAAAUAAUCGAUGAAGACGUUACGGAUUCAGACAUUAAAAAUCCUCAGGAAAAUGUAGAUUCGGAAAAAUCUUUGCUUCAUAAAGUUAAUGGUUUGAAGACUAUUGAAAACGAUGUAACUAAUUCAAAUUUAGAAGGUGAAGAAAAAUUUAAUAAUAAUAACACGGGAGUUAUUGUUGAAACGAAGGCGGCCAGUUCUUCAAAGAUUAGGAAAAGGAAAAGAUCUGACUCAUCCAAUAGUGAGAAAAUAAUAAGAGCUUCAAUCCCUAAGUUGAAUCAAGAAAAAGUUGAUAAAAGUGAAGAAAACAAAGCAUUCGUAUCAAAGAUUUCACCUUUUAUUGAUAAACAAAAUCUCACUUGUUCUUUGUGCAACAAUCAAUUUGUUUCGUUAUCGGAGUUACUGUUGCAUAUGUCUAAUCAUUUUUCCUGGUAUAGGUUUCAAUGUAGCAAGUGCUUGUUUAUGUCAUUCAAUAAAAAUGACUGUGAGAAGCACGUACGGAAAGAUCAUAAGCUGCCUCUGAAUCUUGUUGAGGGGUCAGUCUUACCGAUUCCAACCUGGAAGGCUUCUUUGAUAUCCGAUAACUUCAUGCACCUCGAAUCUCUUUCCAAUGAGAAAGAUGAUGCAGAAACUCUUGGGACUGAUACAAAGAUUGAUGAAGAUAAAUCGAUCAACUACCAAACAAUAGAAAUCGAUGAGGACAAUGCAUCUACUUCCGAGGUUGAAUUAUGCGAUCCUCUAGUUAUAGAAGCUGAUCCAUCUACAGAUUUGGGUGGUUAUUCGAUGGAUCUUUCAACCAUUAAUGUAGGAGAAAACAACAUUUUGGGCUAUAUAGAUUUAACCCUUGAAGAAAAUUUAGAUGAUUGCGUCGAAACUGCGGAUAACAGUUUUCUAUUGAUGGAAGAAACUGAUGCUAUGCAAGAUUUGUCAAAGCAAGCAAUAAUGGAGGUGAUAUUAGGAAAUGACCAUAAAAAGGAUAAUAAUGUGGAUAAAUGCGAGGCGAGUCAAUCGUGUGAGCAUGUUAGACCGCUUAGAAAUCGAACAAAAAGUAUCAAAGCCUCGCAGAAAGAUUUUAUUUAUGAUUUCGACACUCCGAAGAGCGCAACUCUCAAAGCUUUUAAUUCUAGGAGUGAUACAGAGCAAAUAAACCCAUUUGAAGUUCUAGAAUGAAUUUGUAAUGUAUUGUAAAUUUUCUAUUAUUUCUUGAAAAUGAAGUUAUGUUUUUCAGAUGAAUUGUUUAGUUAUUUUGUGAAAAGAUAUAUAUUUAUUAAUAGAUUUUAUAUGAUGUAU